AAUUAUGUUCACAUCUUAAUAACCAGAAAGCAAGAUCUAAGUUUAUUUAACGAAGAGAAGAUGAAGAUGUGGCCGGAGGAGAGGAAGAAUGUUGACCGGAUAGAGGAGACGGAGGAGGAGCAGCAGCGUGCGUUGUUUAGAGUUACGGAUUUGUUAGGCCAGCAGAUUGGGCCAUCAUCGAAAAGGCCCCCAGGACCUCCCUCAAGUUCACAGGCAUUCCCGUUUUCGCUUGGGCCCAAACGUUCUGCACCAGAUGUUGGGCCUUAUCGGCCCGGUGUUUGGCAAACGACUCUAGCCUCUUGGACGUCAGAUUGAUGGGGGGAGUAUCAGAUAUGGUGCGAAUAUAUCUACUAUUUCUAA